AUGACGAAUACAACUGUUCCUGUUUCGACAUUUGAAGAGAUCGUAGAGAAAAAUGAUCUACCGAAAGUAAUCGUAUUUGGCGGCGGUGGGCUAGGAAAAACGACAUUGGUGAACAACUUGACAAAUGCCAAAUUUAAAAUUAGUACAAAUAGCAACGAUGGCACUUUCAACUUCCAAGGCGCAUCGAUCAACCAUAAUGGCAAUCCUAUAUUGGUUGUUGAUUCACCUGGUUAUAGACUAAAUGAAGACAGAUGGUGGAACGGAGUGAUGCAAAUAAAAAAUAUAAUCGGAGUUAUUAUCCUGCAUAAAUAUGAGCAUCGAAACAGUGGCUAUGGCAACUUUGGCUAUGUACUCGCGUAUUUAAAGAAAUGGAAAGGUAGCAAAGUGAAGACGUUUUUGCUGGACCAUUCUGGAGCCGUUGAAAAGGAAAAUUAUAUGGCUGACAGUAUUCCAGUCAAAAGCCAAGAGAUCACUUCCGUCUCGUCGGAAGUGCAAGAGUGGAUUCGGCACUUAGAUAACCAUCCAAUUCACAUUAUUUUACCUGUUGCUCUGAUUGAGCAAUACCAAAGACAGCUGGAUAAAAAUCAUGAACUUUGGUCUCAUCAUAAACGUGAGAUCAGUGAAAAAGUACGUAUUAUUGAAAGCGUGGAAAGAGAAAAAAGAGAACUUCAAGUGUCGCACGAAGAGUUAGAAACAGCAAUAGCCGAACUACCAGCGAAGUUGGCAAUUUAUGAUGACAAUUGUAAAGGCUACUUACCAAAUACUCCUCAUUGGUCACAAUAUCUUUAUUCAUGGUUACCUGUUGUCCGUAUCUUCCAUCUGAACUUAUUACGGACGAAAGGCGAGAAAGAUCAUAAGAUCGUCAAAGGAAUCAUCGACUGUCAGAAGAAAAAGAAAAAAUAA